UAUUUUUGUCAACACUCGUUAUUCUACAGUAGUACGGAGAAGUUUCAUACACCAUUUCAACAUGGCUACAGUGGCAAAAGAAGGUUUCCCAAUGACAAUGACACCGGUCAUCACGAUAAUAAAGAAUGGAGCGAUCAAAUCGGCCGCACCCGCUCAUCCUUCUACCGCAGUGAUGGUGGUCGCCGCCAUAACUGAGCUGAAAGAGAAAAAAGGUUCAUCGCUGUCCGCUAUUAAGAAAUAUUUGUCUAACAAUUACCAAGUGGAUUCAACCAGACUUGCACCGUUUAUACGCAAAUUCUUAAAAGCUGCCGUCAUCAAGGGUUCAUUGGUGCAGACCAACGGUAACGGAGCCAUGGGUCACUUCAAACUCCCAGCCGAAGUGAAAAAGAAGCCCGUCACUAAUAAACCAACCGCCAAGAAGGUUGUUAAGAAACCUACAACAAAGGUCUCGUCGUCCGCCGUAGCACCGAAAAAAAGGAAGCUGACCGCGAAGAAAACGACCACUACGACCGAGCCUGCUGCAAAAAAGCCCAAAACAAUUGCUGCAAAACCCAAGAAAUCGUUGAUCAAAACUAAAAAAACAGUCGCAGCGCCCAAACCACCUAAGGCUAAGAAGGCAGCUGUUGUUAAACAAAGCAAGGCCUCAAAGAAAAAUUAAUUAACGAGAAUAGUUGCGAUUGCCGAUCCAGGAAAAUUGAUAUA